AUGAAAAAGAGAAAUAUUGAUGUGGACCAAGAGUAUUUAGAGAUCAAAAAAAGAAAACUUCAAUUAUAUGAGUCCAGGUCAGCAGAUAAAUCUGCAGACGAUCCUGAUCGUAACUUUUUGUUGAGUUUGCUUCUAUACUUAAAAGAAGUGCCACGAAAUAGAAAAAUCUUUGUUCAACGAAAAUUAUUAGACGUGUUCAUGGAAGAAGAAAAUACCCAACUUCAGUAUUCUCAUGUAAGCCGUUACUCCGAAGAAUUAAGUCGCCCCGAUUCUGAAGACUUGUCAUCAAAUAUGUCAUUUACUCCAUGCGUUGUCAAUAUUGAAGAGCCUUUGCCACUGACCACGAAUCAAACGACUUCUUCACAAACAUCAACAUAA